AUGAAAAAGCGUACAUCAUCAGCUUUUUCAGAAGCAUUCAAUAUUCUGUCAAUUGCAAAAUUUUUACACAAAUCCACCUAUUAACAUGAUAUUAGCUAAAUCAAAGAUGCGCUAACAAAAGAUCCAUUCUCAAGAAACGAUUAAGAUAUUUAAUCUCUUUAUGAAUUCAUCUAUGUUUACAAUUACGUGUAAAGAUUAAAGUCAAAAUAUAGCGAUUAAUUUGUUAAGGAAAUAUGUAGAUACUUGUAUUACAAAUAAGUUUCUUAAAAUACUAUUAUUAAUACUCAUAAAACUGUAUUUUUAGUACUUAGUGGUAGAGUUAUUGUUACAUAUUAUGAUGAAAAUGAGCAAGAGGAACAAAAAAAUAAUUCUAUCGCAAUGUAACAAGAGUUAACUUUUGGAAUGUCUUUUAAUGAUUAUGGUUUAUCGGAAAAUAAAAAAUGCCAUGUGAGAGUUAUAAGGCCUACUGAAUUUGCAUGUUUAGAUUUUAAAAUAUUUAAUGAGAUUAAUACAAAUUAAAGAUCAAAUGAUACUUAUGAGAAAUAAAAAUUUCUUAAAUCUCUUUCUUUUUUUUCAAUUUUUUCAGAUGUAGAAAUAAAAUAUUUCAGCUAUCAUAUGGAACAAUCAUUAGUUCAAAAAAACUCAUAUAUUUAUCAAGAAGAUGAUGAAUCUAUAGAAUUCUGCUAUUUUAUUGCUAAAGGAGAAAUGGAGAUAUAUAAAUAGAAUAAAUAAAAAAAGUAAUAUUGUUUAGCUAAACUCCUAUAAGGAGAGUUCUUUGGAGAAGACGGUUUGUUUUCAGUUAAUAAAAGAUAAUUUUCUGUUAAAUGUUCUAUGGAUAACACUUUGUUGUAUAGAAUAAGUUUAUAGGAGUUUGAUAAAAGAAUUUGGAAGAAAGAGUAAAGAAAAUGUUUAUUUGAAUUAUUGAAUUAGAAAUGGAUUUUUAGAUUUUAAAGAUUUUAAGAUUUAUCAAAAACCAAUUUGGAUAAAGAAAUUCUAUUAUAACAAAUUAAAAACUUAAGCGAGAAAUUGAUUUAAGAUGAACAGCUUAAAAUUGAUUUUGAAUAUACAUAAAAUGAUAAUCAAGAAUAAAAGGCAUCAUAAUAAGAACAAUUUAUUACAGCAUCAUGGCUACUAAAAAGUGCAAAUUAAGCUUAAUAAAUUUUAUAAAAUUUUAGAUAAAAGACCUAAAAUAGAGAAAUUAAAUAAAUCACAUCUGUUUCUCCAAAAUACUAAUUAUAAUUAGAAAGAAUAAAAUCAAAAUCUAAACAUGUAAAAAAUGCAAAAAUUAACUUCAGUAACCGAUAAUCAAUACUUAAAAGUAAUCAGUCGCCUUAUAGAUUGAGUAGUUUCCAUAAUAAAGGUUAAGGGAAAGUGACAUCAAAUAUGAGUUAUUUAAAAUUAUUUAAUUAAGAUACAGAAAGAUAAAAUUUAGAAUAGCAAUUAUAAAAAUAUUUAGAGAAAUUAGGUAUCGAUGAUGAAAAUGUAAAUUGGGGUAGUGGAAGUGCAACUGAUCGAUAUGAAAAAGAUGAUUAAUUUUAUUCAGCAAUGACAACAUAUGCUUAAUUUCAACAUUUCAAGAACUUAAAUUUACAGGAGUCAAAAUCUUAACAUGUAUUUAAUUUCCUUUAUAUUAGGCUAAAAAAUUGGAGGAAGAAUAUUAGUAAUUAGUUUAAGAUUAAUAAAAUAAUAUUAAAAAAGCUUUCGAUUAAUUGACAACCAGAAAAUCUGAUAAUAUGAUAAGGAAAGAAUUUUUUUUGAAUAAAUUAAAAAAAAUGAAUAAAAGAUUAAAAAUUCUAGAAAUGAUAUAAAAAGGAUAAAUAGAAUGUAAAGCAACAUAAAUGGUAAAUGAAGAAGGUGAAAUAGUUGAUAUAAAUGAACCUAUCAAACCAGAUGAUGCUUAUGAUAUCAUUGAUGGAAAAAGGGUUAGAAAAUUUAAUUUUGUAACUUCUGAUAUAUUCGAUUAGUUUGAAAAAAAUGUAAAUAUAUAAAAGAUUAAUAGAAAUAUCAUGAUUUCAAAUAAUAAAUUGAUUUGUAGAAGCACAAAAUAUAAGUAAUUUAGGAAAUUGUUUCAGGAAAACUACCAAUUUCAGCUGCUAAUGAUGAUCCCUAAUAGAGUUAAAAAAAAACUAAAGCUACAAAUUCUGCUAGACCAUCAAGCAGUGUUAAAUAAGUGAUACCUUUUUAUAUCUUACAAUAAAGAUAAUAAUCAAAUUCGUACAAACAAUAGCACGCAAACUUUUAAGCUUCAUCUUUAAUUAGUACUCGAUUAAAGAUUUGA